UCUAUAAGAUUAACCAGAUAUAUGAAACCUCUGAACCAAACAGCUAUUACAGAAUUCCUUCUUCUGGGACUGACAGAUGAUCUAGAAAUGCAGCCUCUCAUCUUCAGCCUGUUCCUGUUUAUGAACCUGUUCACAGUGCUUGGGAACUUGCUCAUCAUCCUGGCUGUCAAUUGUGACUCCCACCUCGACACUCCAAUGUACUUCUUUCUCUCCAACCUGUCCUUUACAGACAUCUCUACAAGCACAGCUACAAUUCCAAAGAUGCUAGUGAACAUCCAAACACAGAAUCACAGUAUCACACUUACAGGAUGCCUUGCCCAGGCCUGCCUUGCUUUGAUUUUUGUUGGUGUAGAAAACUGUCUCCUUGCAGUGAUGGCCUAUGAUCGCUAUGUGGCCAUUUGUCACCCCCUGAGGUACAUGGUCAUCAUGAAACCCUACCUCUGUGUCUUUCUGGUGCUCUUCUCCUUGCUCAUUAGCACUGUACACGCCCUGAUCCACAGUCUUAUGAUGCUGCAUCUGUCUUUCUGCACAGACCUGGAAAUCUCCCACUUCUUCUGUGACCUUGCUGAGAUUAUCAAGCUCUCCUGUUCUGACACUGUCAUCAACAACAUCCUGAUAUAUUCAGUGGGUGUCAUAUUUUUUGGUGUUCCUCUCUCUGGUAUUAUUUUCUCUUACACAAAAAAUGUCUCCACUAUUUUUAAGAUCCCAUCAGUAGGGGGGAGAUAUAAAGCUUUUUCUACCUGUGGUUCUCAUCUCUCAGUGGUGUCAUUAUUCUAUGGUACAGGUUUUGGGGUGUACAUGAGUUCUGCAGUUACUGACAGUUCCAUAAAAAAUGUAAUGGCUUCAAUGAUGUACACUGUGUUCCCUCCAAUGCUGAACCCUUUUAUCUACAGUUUGAGAAACAAGGACAUGAAGAGUGCAUUGAGAAAUCUUUUUAUUGGAAUGCCUUUUCUUUGA